CCGGCGUUCCCGAGAAGCUCGUUUCUCCAUUUAUACAACUUUCAGUAGUUCUUUCCAACUAUUAAAAACCCAACAGCGAUCUUACCCUCUCUCAAGUCAACUCUUCUCUCUGGGAAGUGAAAGGAAGACAGAACAACUUGCCUUCUUCAGUUGCUCUGACGUGGUUCUUUUUUCUUGUUGAUUAAAUCCCCACCAGAAGUGGGAAUCCCAAACAAGAAUUUGUGCUUGUGCAAGUUGGGAUCUUCAUCAAAAUUAAGGAAACUGAGCUAGAAGACUCAAUCGGUGCCCGAACCGUCGAACGGGCAUCAGACGAUGCUUCCACGGAAAUGGGUGGUUCCGUCUGAACUCUGAGGAAAAUCCCGUGCCACUACAAAAGAGAAGGAUGCAUUCGGCGAAUCACUGGGGAGGUUCGUUCGAGAUCAAUGCGGAUUCCACGACGGAGGAUGAGCGGAGCCGGAACAUGGAGUACGACCGAGCGGCUCUGUCUCAGAACCUGGACGAGACGCAGCAGAGCUGGCUGUUAGGGCCCAAAGAGAAGAAGAAGAAGAAGUACGUGGACUUGGGCUGCAUCGUUUGCAGCCGCAAGGCCUUCAAGUGGACCCUCUGGUCCAUUUUGAUCGCUUUUCUGGUGAUUGCGCUUCCCACCAUUAUUGUCAAGACUCUGCCCAAGCACAAGAGCCGUUCUCCACCGCCCGACAAUUACACAAAUGCCCUCCACAAGGCCCUGCUCUUCUUCAACGCGCAAAAAUCUGGGAAGUUGCCGAAGAACAACGGGGUGUCAUGGCGAGGAGAUUCCGGCCUAAAAGACGGUUCAGACAUGCCGGAAAUAAAGGGCGGCCUGGUCGGAGGAUAUUACGAUGCCGGAGACAAUAUCAAGUUCCACUUUCCGAUGGCCUUCACAAUGACCAUGCUAAGCUGGAGUGUGAUAGAAUAUAAUCACAAAUACAAGGCCAUCGGAGAGUACAAUCACGUAAGAGAUGUCAUAAAAUGGGGCACUGAUUACCUGCUCUUGACCUUCAAUUCCAGUGCCACAACCAUCGACAAAAUCUACAGCCAAGUUGGUGUGGCUCUGAACGUUUCAACCACACCGGAUGACCAUUACUGUUGGGAGAGACCGGAAGACAUGGACUACGACCGACCAACACAAGUAGCUACUGCAGGGCCUGACCUUGCCGGAGAGAUGGCAGCAGCCCUAGCAUCGGCCUCGAUCGUCUUCCGAGACGACCCGGCCUACUCGCAGAAGCUCGUCAAAGGGGCCACUGCUCUGUUCAAGUUCGCCAGGGACUCCGGCAAGCGGACUCCGUACUGCCGGGGGAACCCAUACAUUGAGACAUUCUACAAUUCGACGGGGUACUACGACGAAUACAUGUGGGGUGCUGCAUGGAUGUACUACGCCACCGGCAAUUCCAGCUACCUGGCGCUGGCGACGAACCCGGGGUUACCGAAGAAUUCCAAGGCAUUUUUGGGCAUUCCUGACUUGAGUGUGUUCAGUUGGGACAACAAGCUGCCUGCAGCCCAGCUGCUGUUGACAAGGAUGAGGAUCUUCUUGAAUCCUGGCUUUCCUUAUGAGGACAUGUUGAGAAGCUAUCACAAUGUCACUGGCAUAAACAUGUGUUCUUACCUCCAUCGGUUUAAUGUCUUCAAUUGGACUAAUGGAGGAAUGAUUCAACUGAAUCACGGACGGCCGCAACCCCUUCAGUAUGUAGCUAAUGCUGCUUUCUUGGCUUCCCUUUAUGUUGACUACAUGAAUGCCACGGACGUUCCUGGAUGGUUCUGUGGGCCAAAUUACAUUGCAUCAGACGUUCUUCGCCAGUUUGCCACCUCUCAGAUUGACUACAUUCUAGGGAAGAACCCUUUGAAGAUGAGCUACGUGGUAGGGUAUGGCUCCAAGUACCCAAAGCAUGUGCACCAUCGGGGUGCAUCCAUACCUCAUGAUCAUAAUAAGUACUCAUGCACCGGUGGAUGGAAGUGGAGAGACAGUCGUAACCCUAAUCCCAACACCAUUGUGGGAGCUAUGGUUGGUGGUCCGGACCGGUUCGACCAGUUUCGGGACGUACGAACCAAUUACAACUACACUGAGCCCACAUUGGCUGGAAAUGCAGGACUGGUUGCAGCACUUGUCUCCUUAACGGGCAGUGCUGGUGGCGGCAUUGACAAGAACACCAUCUUUUCAGCAGUCCCUCCCCUCUACCCAUUGACUCCACCACCCCCGCCACCAUGGAAGCCAUGAAAGCCUGCCGUUGCUGAGGAAAGUAUAUGACUGGUGGUGUUACUUACUUAAUUGGCCUAAAGUUUUGUGUUCUUAUUUAUAUAUAAACAUUCAAUAAUCGGUGUGAAGUUUUUAUUUGUACGAUAUUAGCACCAUGAUAUGUUACUUUACAAUCACAAUCUCUCUCUCUCUACCAUUUGUAGCAGAAUUAAUUAAGCCAGUUCAAUUUUGAUCCAUUUAUGUGGUGAAUAACACAACAUCACCAUUAUGUUGUGUAGUUGUUAGGGCUGUAAAUAGUAUCCAUUUCAAAGACUAAAGAAGCUAUAAGCUGCACCAUUAAUUGCAUAUCCAAUAAAUAUAGUCAUUAGGUUUCGGUUUUC